AUGGGUCCCGUAAAGUACAAGUGUUUGUCAAUAACCGACAAAAAAAAAGUAAUCGCAGCAGUUGAAGCAGGUGAAAAAAAACAGAUGUUGCUCUACGUUUUGGUACCACAAAUUUUCAAGCUAGUGAGGGGUUGGUUGGAAAAAUUUAAAAAACGUCAUGAUUUAACUUUCAAAAAAGUAUGUGGAGAGAGUGCAAGUGUUGACCCGUGCAAUUCACAAGAUUUGAAAAAUGAGUUAAUCGAUCUAUUGGUUGAUUAUGAUGCUAGGGAUAUUUUUAAUUCCGAUGAGACCGGACUUUUUUACAAAUGUUUACCUGAUCGCACUUUGACAUUUAAAAACGAAAAAUGUCAUGGUAGUAAAAAUAGUAAAGAACGGAUAACAGUGGUGUUGGCCGCAAACAUGGAUGGAUCCCAGAAACUUAAGCCCUUAAUGAUCGGAAAAUUCGCAAACUAA